UAAUGCUAGAAGAAUAUUUAUUUGCAGAAUGGCGAAGGCACCAGCUAUUGGUAUUGAUCUGGGAACUACAUACUCCUGUGUAGGAGUUUUCCAACACGGCAAGGUUGAAAUCAUUGCCAAUGACCAGGGAAACAGAACAACACCCAGUUAUGUCGCAUUUACAGACACAGAAAGACUCAUUGGAGAUGCAGCAAAAAAUCAAGUUGCCAUGAAUCCAACAAACACAAUAUUUGAUGCAAAACGACUUAUUGGAAGAAAGUUUGAUGAGUCUGCUGUGCAGUCCGAUAUGAAACAUUGGCCAUUUAAUGUUAUAAAUGAUGCAACUAAACCAAAACUACAGGUCGAGUACAAAGGAGAAACUAAAACAUUUUUCCCUGAAGAAAUCUCUUCAAUGGUCUUGAACAAGAUGAAGGAAACUGCUGAAGCAUUCCUUGGAAAGACUGUGACAAAUGCUGUAAUCACUGUGCCAGCUUACUUCAAUGAUUCUCAGAGACAGGCUACAAAGGAUGCUGGUACCAUUUCUGGUCUCAAUAUCUUGCGUAUUAUUAAUGAACCAACAGCAGCAGCCAUUGCUUAUGGUCUUGACAAGAAGGUUGGAGGUGAAAGAAAUGUCCUUAUUUUUGAUUUGGGUGGUGGUACAUUUGAUGUUUCCAUCCUUACCAUUGAAGAUGGUAUCUUUGAAGUAAAAUCCACAUCCGGUGAUACUCACUUGGGUGGUGAAGAUUUUGACAAUAGAAUGGUGAACCAUUUCAUUCAAGAAUUUAAAAGAAAGCACAAGAAAGAUAUGAAAGACAAUAAGCGUGCUGUUAGACGUCUCCGAACAGCCUGUGAGCGAGCAAAGAGAACACUGUCCUCUAGCACACAAGCCAGCAUUGAAAUUGAUUCCUUGUUUGAGGGAAUCGAUUUCUACACUAGCAUCACUAGAGCUCGCUUUGAGGAACUUAAUGCCGACUUGUUCCGUGGUACCCUCGAGCCAGUUGAGAAAUCUCUUAGAGAUGCUAAGUUUGAUAAGAGUGGUAUUCACGAGAUUGUAUUGGUUGGUGGUUCAACAAGAAUUCCAAAGAUCCAGAAACUCCUCCAAGACUUCUUCAAUGGCAAGGAGUUGAACAAAAGUAUCAAUCCAGAUGAGGCUGUUGCUUAUGGAGCAGCUGUACAAGCUGCCAUUUUGCAUGGUGACAAGUCUGAAGAAGUACAAGAUCUGCUCCUGUUGGACGUAACACCCCUUUCCCUUGGUAUCGAGACCGCUGGUGGUGUAAUGACGUCACUCAUCAAGAGAAAUACUACCAUUCCAACUAAACAAACUCAAACAUUCACUACAUACUCUGAUAACCAACCAGGUGUACUUAUUCAGGUGUAUGAAGGUGAAAGGGCUAUGACCAAAGAUAAUAACAUCCUUGGAAAGUUCGAGUUGACCGGAAUCCCACCUGCACCAAGAGGUGUGCCACAGAUAGAGGUCACAUUUGACAUUGAUGCCAACGGUAUCCUCAAUGUUACUGCCUGUGACAAGAGUACUGGAAAAGAAAACAAGAUCACCAUUACAAAUGACAAAGGACGUCUUAGCAAGGAAGAAAUUGACAGAAUGGUCAACGAUGCUGAGAAAUACAAGGCAGAAGAUGAUAAACAGAAGGAGAGAAUCUCCGCCAAGAAUGGUUUAGAGAGCUACUCGUUCAACAUGAAAUCAACUGUUGAAGAUGAGAAGUUGAAGGAUAAGAUCAGCGAAGAUAAAAGGAAGGUUUUUUUGGAUAAAUGUAAUGGGUCUUUUCGGCUUGAUGUAAUAAAGCGGGCGAAAAGGGGAAGAGAUAGAAAACAAAAGGAUUGGAAAAAAAUCUGCAACCCAAAUCUUUCAAAAAGUUUUUACCUGCCGGGGGUGCCCCGGGUUUGGAGCCCCGGGGCGGUACCCAAAAUUUUGGAUGGGGUGCCGGGAGCUGCCCCGGGUUUGGGGUUCAAGCGGGGGCCCAACCCCAUGGGGGAGGUCGAUUAA